AAAUCACAUGGUUCUGAAAGGAUCGGCUGGGUGGUGGCCACGUUACAAGGUCAGCAGAAGCUUCAAAGAUGAGACUGACGGUGAUACCUGUGUUGUGUCUGUUCCUUCUUUUGGUUCAAAUUAAUUGUUCCCUGGCCAAGAAAAUCGGAGGGUUUGGGAAAAUUAAACUCUUUAAGAAGACCCCCAAAGCAACUCCAAAACACAAUAACAAAAACAACCCUCAGAGGCCAGGGAGCUACCCCAACCAAGGAGGAUACCCUCAGCAACCAGACAGACCAGGGGGGUACCCCAACCAAGGAGGAUACCCUCAGCAACCAGACAGACGGGGGUACCCCAACCAAGGAGGAUACCCUCAGCAACCAGACAGACCAGGGGGGUACCCCAACCAAGGAGGAUACCCUCAGCAACCAGACAGACCAGGGGGGUACCCUAACCAAGGAGGAUACCCUCAGCAACCAGGCAGACCAGGGGGGUACCCGAAUCAAGGAGGCUACCCAAAUCAAGGAGGAUACCCUCAGCAACCAGGCAGACCAGGGGGGUACCCGAAUCAAGGUGGGUAUCCGAACCAAGGGGGCUACCCAAAUCAAGGUGGAUACCCUCAGCAACCAGGCAGACCAGGGGGGUACCCGAAUCAAGGAGGCUACCCAAAUCAAGGAGGAUACCCCCAGCAGCCUGGCUAUCCAGUUGGAAGUUACCCAGCACAGGGCUACCCGCACGGAGGAGGUUAUGGCAGUUAUGGGUAUGGGGGUCAUGGCGUUUAUGCAGGUUAUCCUGGGGGAUACAUGAACUACAACCCGAACAACCGAAUCCCAAGUCCUCACUAUGGUGGCAGUUUUGGAUAUGGGGGCCAUGGUGCUAGGGGUGGCUCUCCCUUUGCAUACUCAGUUCAGCAGAUGGGCAUGUAUCCCAGUGAUAAGUCUCGAGGAUUUGGGGGCCAUGCAGUGAUGGCAGCAGCUGGAGGUGCCAUGGCAGGGAUGGCCCUGGGUUAUGGGUUAGGAAGAUUCCCCCGACCUCACUUUCAGUUCCACAACCCUCAGGAGGAGUAUUACUACAACCACUACAUGUACAGGAGAUAUGGUACCAAGUCUACUGAUACAAACGACUACAGCAGAGACUACAAGUACAGCAGACCCCCUGAAACGUAUGAUAGGUACAUGGACUCCUGCAUGAAGAGAACAGACUUACUCCCUGCAGGGAAUCCAAAGACAAACAACAAACCACCUGCUACGAGUACAGCUACAACAACCACCACAACUACUUCUGUUACUACAAUGACUGCUGCUGCUGCUGCUGCUACUACAAAUGGCAGUAACACAACUCAGAGCAACAGCACUGCAGCAGCAAACUCCUCCACUUCUGCACCUUCAACUCCCCAUCCUCUACUUACAUCUGAGGCUGAUUCUAUUCCUCCAGCUGCACAGGUUCUCAAAGAAAUGGCUACCAUUGACGAUGAUGAUGAUGAUACAGUCAGCAUUGUUGAGAUUGGCUACCCGGCACUGAUCAAUCAGCUGAAGGUCAGGAGAUGUCUGGAGAUGUACAUGGUUUACUCUGACAAAUAUUUGGAGAAAAAGACUAAACCUAGCCCCACUGGUGGAGUGCAGGGGCUGGAGAGGGGCUGGUGUGGGCUUUUAGUUGGGGCCACCAGUACUUUACUCAUUCUGCUAAAUACCAACAUGCUAAUGCUGCUGCACUGAGGCAUGCAUUGGUAGUGAAAAUGAUGGUGAAAUAUUAAUAAAGGCGUACAGCAAAGUAAAUGUUAGAGUAGUGAAUUGAUUGAGCGGCCUAGCUUCAUGAAUAAAACAUCAGUCAGCUGGUCCAUAUCUAAAGAAUGAAAAUAUCCUGGCAACUGCUGAUUGGAUUUUCAUGAGAUUUGUAAGUGUUCCUGUUUCCAGAGGAUGAAAACAAUGACUAAAAGCCAACGUUUUUACUACCAUGUCUUCAGGACAAUUUGGUAAAUUGUUUCCUUUCAUGUUUUUUUGAAUGUAAGACAUUCAAUGACCAGCAGGAGGUAUCAACUGUACUCACAAAUGUGUUGGUACUCUGAUCUCUCUGUUCUGGUGCCUAAAAGCAUCCACUACCUGUUACUCAUUUAUUCUACCAGACCUCAGUUACCUCGUAAAGCCCUUCACACUGCUACAUAACAUGGCGCUGCUUAUUUGAGCAGCUUUCAUGUUUAACAAGUGGUCUUUGUCUGCGUCAUGGGACAAACAACAUUUAAAAUGAAUGAGCUUUAAGCUUUGGUUGUUUGGUCAAACUGCAAUUGAACUGUCUGUGUGGGUUAUUUUUCCCUGUAGGAUCACUGCUUAUGUGGAACAAUAAUCCUAAAACCUUAUUUUAUGUAUUUAAAACAUGUAGAUUUUAAUAAUUUAAAUGAUGAAGACAACGAAUAGCUGAAAAUGUUGAUGACUGAACUGAUUUUUGGGGACUAUUAUGUACCUGUUAUCUCAUUAUAUAUAUAAAACUCUGUACAUCUUUCACAUCUGCUACAAUAACAGGUAGGACCUGUGUGUGUGUGU